UGUGUGCUUCAAUGGCUUGAAACCAGACGUUCAAAUACAGAAAACUAAACACCGUCAUGAAAUUGACUGUCUGGAAACUACUUUUUACAUCAAUAAUAUUACUGACAAAUGGGACAAAAGUCACAGAGAAGAGCAUCAGCACCUCUGUGGUGGGAAUGUUGGAACUGGUGCAACUGGAGGCCGAUCUCAUAGACAGUCUUAACAGCUAUGCGGACGAACUGGAAGCCAAACUGAAAGUGUUGAAAAGUUUUGUUCCAAAACUGCAGGCCGAGAGCAAUGAGGCAGUGACUCAAAUGGAGAACUAUGUGUCCAAUCCAAUAAACUCCUUUUCACUGAUACGUCGCAUGCAUGAGGAUUGGCAUGACUGGAAGAUAUUCAUGGAAUCGUCUAUCGGGCAAUCGCAGGUUGCUUUCCUUAACAAAGCUAAGCUACAAUUCCCAACGAAAACAGAUCUAAAUGAAGCUUCUUCGUCCAUCGUUCGCUUACAAAAGAUGUACAACUUGACGGCAAAGGAUAUGGCCAGAGGCGUUCUCAAUGGAAAGCAAUACGAAGCGAGCUUAACUGCUUUGGAUACCUAUGCCAUGGGAAGAUACCUGAAUAAACAAAACCGAGACAUGGCCAGAGAAUGGUUUGUGGUAACAAGCGAGUUGCUUAAGGAACAAACACCUCUAACUCCACUCGCAGGUGAACGUGAGAAAGUGUUGCAUCUCUUUGCUCAAGCUAUCUUCGAUUAUGAAUAUUACUCGAUUGCCCUGUCGGUUUUUGAUCACGCACUGUUAUUGGCGAAUAAAACUGCGAAUCCCACACUGUUGAGUAAGAGAAGCAAGUUUGAGGAGCUUGCCCGAAAGGAGGCUGAAAUGGUGGAGAAGCCAAAACCUAAGACCAAACCUACGAAUUAUGAAAUAGGUUGUCGCGGUCUGUUCGUAAGGCAGUCCAACAUGAAGUGCACAUAUAAGUCGAAGGAUUCACCAUUCCUUCGACUGGCGCCGAUCAAAAUGGAAUAUUUAGUUUUAGAUCCGUUAGUUGUAGUGUUUCAUGACGUAUUGUCGUCGGGGGAAAUUGACGAGAUGCAACUGAUCACAAAGCCCUUUCUCGAACGCACCUUAAUUCAACAUGCUUUUGGAGCACACAUAAUUCAGAAGUUUCGCACUUCAAAGGGCAUGUGGAUCAAUCGGAAUCAUAACAAUCUGACACUGCGCAUUGCAAGACGUAUUAUGGAUAUGGUGGAUCUGGACUUGCAAGGGUCAGAGCCAUUUAAUGUAAUGAACUAUGGCAUAGGCGGUCACUAUAAUACUCACUACGAUUACUACAACAACUCCUCUGUGACAGAUAAUCGCAUGGCCACGGUUUUAUUCUAUAUGACUGAUGUAGAGCAGGGAGGCGCCACCGUAUUCCCUGUCCUUAAGCAGGCUGUUAGCCCCAAGCGCGGAAGUGCGCUCUUCUGGUACAACAUAAAGCAUAACGGAAAUCGCGACCCCAGAACUUUGCAUGGAGGCUGCCCAGUCCUAGUUGGCUCCAAGUGGACAGUAUUCACCCAAUGGAUAAACGAACGCGCCAACAUGUUUCAUAGACGUUGUAGGAAGCUGGAGGCCACUGCAGCAUAGAGUAAAAUAGUUAAAAACUGUACAUUUCAUUGUCUCUAUUGCAUUGAGACAUGCAGAUGGGAUUAAAUUAUAUAUAUUCAAAUGUAAACACAUU